CGCGGCAGCCACCAGGAGGGGAGGAGGCUGGGGUCCAGGUUUGAAUAGGGGAAGUUUGCAGAGCGCAGUUGUCCGGCAGCCAGUCUAGUGUGCUGUUUGCAAAUAUCCUGAGCUGAGCGCUGCGAAGGGAGAGGGGAGAAGGAAGUGGAGCACUGACGGACGGACUGCUGCUACAAACUAACCUUCGUUUGCAUCGCAGAGGGGAUCGUUCUUUAUUCCUUUCACAGACAUUUUUAUUUAAAACGCGGGUGUUUAGAUUGUUGUUAUUUUUUUUUUCUUCUUUUACUAUUAUUUUUCCCACCCCCUCCAGAGAAUUAAGUGCGGGGAAGAAAAAUGGAUGUUUUACCGAUGUGUAGUAUUUUUCAAGAACUUCAAAUAGUUCACGACACGGGCUAUUUCUCAGCUUUACCAUCUCUGGAGGAGUACUGGCAGCAGACUUGCUUGGAGUUGGAGCGCUACCUACAGAGCGAGCCGUACGUCUCCACGUCCGAGCUGAAGUUCGGCGGCCAGGAGGACCUCUGGAGCAAGCUGAUCCUGGCCUGCGGGGACAAGGCCAAGGCCGACCCGACCCUGGCCCUGGCGCCGGCCCACGACGAGGACAAUCAGGACGGCCAGAUCUUGGACAGCAACAGCGUCAACUCUGACGCCAGCAGCGAGGCUUCGGACAGUUUCGAGGAGCUCUCCCCCACGCACAGCUUUACCUCCAACCCGUUGGGUUCGGCGUUGGUUGGCUCUGGACCUUUUAGCCCCUCCGUCAUCAGCACGCCGCCGUCCUCGCCGGAGGCCGCCGUGGGCACGGCCGCCGCCGUCAACGGCUGGGUGGCGACGCACGUCGGGCUGAACCUGCCCGUCAAAAUCAGGACCGGCGGCGGCGUGGGAGUAGGAGGCGCGGCGGUGGCGAAGGCCGCGGAAAAGACUGGACUCCUCUGCGGGGACGCGUCCCCGGACGCCCGGAGGCGGGUACACAGGUGUCACUUCAACGGCUGUCGCAAGGUUUACACAAAGAGCUCACAUCUGAAGGCACACCAGCGCACUCACACAGGUGAGAAACCGUACAGGUGUUCGUGGGAGGGCUGCGAGUGGCGCUUUGCACGGAGCGACGAGCUGACCAGACACUUCAGGAAGCACACAGGGGCCAAGCCAUUCAAAUGCAAUCACUGUGACAGAUGUUUCUCCAGGUCCGACCACCUGGCCCUUCACAUGAAGAGGCACGUCUAACGCAGGGCCAGCGUCGACCGGGCAACGCACCGAAGGGAAAAUCCUCUCAAAUUUUCUCCCUCAAACUUUUUUUUUUUUUUUUUUUCUGUGGAGAGAGGGGGAAAAAAAACAAAAUCCAAACGCACGCCAUCUCCCGACUGGCCUCUUGGUUGAACUGUCCCAGAGAGCAGAGCGGCGAGGGCGACGGGGGCGGGAGGAGGAGGAGGAGGCGUGUCCCAGCCAAAGCAUGCCGUUUUGCACCGUACCGAAAUAACCCAGUGCCUCCGGGACCUCACUUUGUUUAUUUUUUAUUUUUUUUGGAGACGGGCGCUCUGAUGGGUUUUCUGUUGCAACAAGACGACGAAAUUGCGGACGCGAGUGGGAAGCAAAUGUUUUCCAUCGAGGACUUUAAGAAAAGACCGGGGAAGGGAGGGAGAGGGGGAGGGGACAAAAAAAACAAACAAACAAAAAAUGCUUACAGAAAAAAAAAAAAAAAAAAAAAAAAAAAGGCGAGUGAAUGAAUUGUACGUAUGGUGCAUGAUGUUUUGGGGGGAAACGUCUCCCGGACAGCAGAUACACUGGUACUUUACAAACCUGUCUGAGGUUAGCAUGUCUGCACUGUGAAUGUCUGAGAUUGGCUGACCGGCCCAGGAUGAGGAUGGAAGAGGAGACGGAUUGGUGCGGGGCUGGUACCAACGUUGCUGUGGACUGAAUGAGUUUCUGUGACGGAGGCGGGCUUGGGGCUUGGGGCAGCGACAUUCCUGCUGCUUCCCCAGGUGGCAGCGUGAGGAUGAGGCCAGGUCACACCUGCCUCGUCUGUCUGGCUCCCAGACUCUGAAGACGGGGGUGGGAAGGGGGCGGGGAGGCUUCGGCUUUGGGUCCGACCAGAAAAUAGACAUGAAGCCUCCUGGUCUGUGCCUCCACCCCCUCUUUCCUGAAUGACAGAAGCCUUGUUUUGAUGGUUUUUCUUUUUACUUUUCUUUUAUUUUUUUUUGGGUGCAGCUACUAAAUGUGCAAUGUGUUAUGUAGCCUGGUUUCUUAAUUUUUCUACAAGCUACAAAACCCAUUUGUAGUACCGACUGUAUGAGCUGUGUGCUUAGAGGUAAUAACACAACUAUACUAUUAACUUCAGUAUCAUAGACAGGUGUUGCAUGGUUCUAGGGAUCGUUUCCAUUUCCAGUUUCCCACUGUAAUCAGGACUGCAAAUAGUUUCAAGAAAAGUGCAGCUAAAGACGCAAACGAUUAGAUGUUACAAUACUGUACAUAAAGGCCUCGACAAUUCCUCCUUUUGUUUUUUUUUUUUGUUUGUUUUUUAGUGGAGAUGCACCGAUCUGGCUUGACCGGCCCAUGUCAAUUAAUUUAAUUAUUAUUUUUAUUAUUAUUAUUUUUUUUUUUAUCAAACACAAAUGAAGGAAUAACUUGUCCCCCUUUGUGCAUCUAGGCGUACGUCUCCAACAUUUACCAGAUUAAUAAUGAUUGAAAAUGUAAAUUUAUAGUAAACGACAACAAAAGAAAGGAUCAAGUACCUCCUGUUAGUUGAAAGAUGUGGGGACUUUUCAUUUUGAUGAAUUUAUUGCAAGAAGAAAAAAAAACAAUUUAUUUUUUUUCCUCAGUCUGUUGCCAUGCAGAUCAGGGGGGGGGGGAAUCGGCUGAUUCCGACAUCUGGCUGGUUGAUCGGUUCAUCUCUAAUUUCACCCUCUUUUUUUUUUUUUUUUUCUUUUGUUUUGUUUUGAGUCUCCUCUUCAUUGUGGUUUUCCAUCUGCCUGGAGAUUUCACUGCUGCUCAUAUCCAUCUGAUGCCUCAAAGACUCAUUUCUGCAUAGUACUUCUUCCUUUGUUUAUGUAUGCAUGUGUGCGUACACUCUUUUUCUUUCUAUCUAAUAAUGCACUGUUGACCUUAAUGGUGCCUUAUGCAAGUGGCCCCUCCCCCUACCAGGGGACGUCACAUUUGUUGACGGGGUGAUUUAUUAUUUAAACAAUUUUUUAACUUUUUUUUUUUUUUUUUUACAAGCUCUCUCAAGGCUCAAUUACAAAACAUUUGCAAUAGUUACCUUUACCCAAUGACCAAUUGAGCUGUUGCAUUUGGAAGUCUUUCACACAGAGUGCCUGUUAUCAGUUGAUUUGCCUUUUUUUUAUGUAUGUUGGUUGUUUUUUUUUGUUGUUGUUGUUGUUUUUAUGAGACGGAGCAGUGAAUUAGCUCAUCACAUUUAAGUUAAGUUGUAAAUAACUGUACCCUGGGAGCACUUAAAUUCAUUUAUUGAAGGCGUUAACUACUGUGUAGUAUGUACUCGAGUCCAUCUCACACAGGUAGAGAGUGAUUAAGAUGUUGAAAUAAAAAAAAAUAAAAAUAAAAAACCCCGACAGCGACGCUCCGUUUUGAGCGCGUCCCUGAGAUUCUGACCGUAUGACGGCACGGACACUCGCAACAAAAAUGCGACUUUCUUUUCCGCAGCAAGUGACUCAGUGCUCAGCAACAGCUGGGGGAGGGGCUGUCGUUUCCCAAAAAAAAAAAAAAGGCUUUCUGAAACUUUAGCUUUAAGCGUAGCUUGAACUCGGUUACCCCUCCUCUCCUCUGCUGGUUCUCCCAUCUCCUGUCUCCGCAUCCACGUGGGAAAAAAAAAAAAAAAGGCUAAAGAUUUAUUGUAAUUAACAGGCUGCAGUCGGACAGGCCUCGCCUUGUACUGCCUCUCGGUAAUGAAUUGCUAAAGGCUUUGUUGGCAUGGAAUCUGUCACAGACUGCUGACUGUGUAGGUUGGUUAUUGACCUGUCUGGAGCGCGUUGUUUCAGCCAAAGCUGCAACUGUAAUACAGAGGGGGAGAUGUAGGGGGUGGGUGUACACGAGGAAAUUAGGCAAAAAGAAAAACACUAUUAAGGACUGACACUGGAGCGAAAAGAUGGGGGAGAAAAAGAAAAGGAGGUGAUUUGACUUCGGCCGAUCAGGAUGAGGGGAUCUGUCCGCUCCCACCCGGGGUCGGCGACCUCCGAUGUCGCAGCGACCGCGGCACGCUCCGGACGUAUGGAUUUCGGAUCAGUCGCAGGAGACAUGGGGGGGGGGUGGAUGAGUUCAAGCUUGAAACUGCUUGCUGCGGUAGAUUUUGGGGGGGGGGAAAGUUGCUGCAAAGAGCCGCAGCAUCCGUGACAACGGCGAGCCGAUAUCCUUCAAGAGAUAAUUGAGCCUUGAUUUAGCAUCGUUUAUUAUUAAUUUUUUUAAUUUUGCUUGCAUUUAUUUCCACAUCAUCAUCAUCAUCAUCUCUCUUUCAUCCCACUCACCCAGCUGUUCUAUCUCAUACAGAAAACACACUAUCUCCUGCUCUCUCUCUCUCUAUCACACACACACAGCUCUUUUGUUCUCAACUGAAUCUUUGUAUAAGAGAAAAAAAAAAGACUUUUGUAAAAUUGUUAUGUUUAUGCUUUAUGAAAUUUUUAUUUGAAAUUGUUUUGCAAAAUUGUUAUAUUUCUGUAUGAAUGUAUUUUUUAUUGGAAUAAUAAGAAAUUCUUAUCUGA